GUAGGAAUGGAGAAUGUUUUUGAUUUUGAGAGGAAUAAAGAAGACGAUUUUUAUUAUAUUCUUGGAUGUAGUGAACAUUCUACAACUGAACAAAUCCUGACGGAAUACAAAGCAAGAGUUUUAGAGCUCCACCCAGACAAGAAUCCAGAUGAUCCACAAGCAGCCCAAAAGUUUGCACGCCUGGCUCAAGCAAAAGAUGUUUUGACCGAUCCUGAGAAAAGACAAGCUUAUGACACUUGGAAUAACUCUGGAAUCACUGUGCCAUUUGAAAAGUGGCAGGCACUGCGUGAUGCAACAAAGACAACAUUACACUGGGCAUCAGUCAAACCUCAGCCUACAAUACAAUCACAGGAACACAUGACAUCAACUAGUGUACAACCAUCUUCUGAGGAUGAUUUUGACUCAUCACCAUUCAAAGUUAAUGAGCCCAUCUCACAUGCUGCAGUAUACAGCAAUCAGAAAGUCCAGUGGGAGAGAGAUCCUCCAUCAGAUAUCUUGAAGAAGUUCAGAAAUUAUGAAAUCUGAAGGAGAGACAAAAAUCUACCAGAACAUUUAAUUAGGGGAUGUUCUUUAAAAUGUGUGAACAAAAAGAUGAUCUACAGAUUUAUUUCAAAUUAUAUGUUUCAGUAUUACCAGAAAUUAAAGCUCUGCAUGUGCUAGUUUUAAAUGGGGUCCAAAAGAAGCUUAAAGUCUCUAGUCAUCAGAUGCAUAUUUUUCAGAUACAUCUUGUAUUGAGAUAUUUGAUAUUGUCUAUGUAUUGUUAUGUGUAUUAUUUAUUGUUGUGUUAGCUUUGUUUCCCUCCUUUUUGGUUUUCUUUCUUUUAUACAAGUGUAUGCAGUUCAUAAAUGGAAAUGAAUGUUGGUCAAACUAUUUAGAAAGCCGAUAAACAUGUCAUAAAUAAUUUGUCUCUUAUGUAUUACAGCUUUGUUAAUUAUUAUUUAUCCAUGAAAAAUUAUCCAAGCAAUAAUUUGUUUUUUGCAGACAUACUUUCCAAGUGAAUUAUCAUUCCAAAGAAUCUCUAAAAUUGUGUAUUUUAAGUCUUAUUU